AUGAGCAAGAGCUACGUCGUGAUCAAGUUGGCAGGCGGCGGCUCGACUGAUAGCCCGGUGUAUAAGGGCCCGGGCCUCGUCGCUGAGCUGUGGGCCCAGCAGAUCCAUGGUCUCACUGAGCCAGGACAGGGCCUCUGUCGAGCGACCCAAAUGCAUCAAAUCCAUGGCAAUGUCCAGGCGCUGGGCCAGCUGUCCAUAAGCAGAGUCCUGCUGUGUGAUCAGCAGAUCAACAAACACAGUAACAUGCGCGAGGGCGUGCACCAACAACAGCAGGAGAAUCGGUGGUGCUGUGCAAGCUCCAGCUUGAUGCCACCCCACCCCACGCGGACAAUCCGUCGUCGGCUUGAGCUGAGCGUGCACCAAACAGACCGCUUCCCCCAGGCCACCGACAUGGCACUGCCACCAGUUUUCCCCACUCGUGGUGCUCAGAUCAGUGACCAUCAGAGACGAGGGCCACUGCGCCUGAUCCACAACAACACUGAGGCGGGCACUCCACCAGGCAAAGGCAGUCACGGCACACCCAAAGCCCGGGUUGCCAUGACGCCGCGCUCAACAGUGCGCCGCAGAUAUCGUCGCAACCGCAUGUUCUUUGAAGCGCACGCACAACACGCCACACCUCGUCCUUCAGCUCCGACUCAUCGUUCGCACGCACUGGCUGAGGCGAGCGCCUCUGAUUCCGAAUAUUCCAGCGCGGCGUCCCAGACUCCACAAGCCUCGACCACCGGUGGCCCCAGAAUCGCGAACGCAGGUCAGAGAACAGCCAUGCUCUUACAAACACCAGUCUCAGCGGUCGGCACUGGCGUGCCGUCGAGUACGCUGUCUGCCUGCUCGGACGCCAGCUCCAUCGCAAGCCUCGACACAUCCAGCCAUAGCCGCGCCCUGGCCAGCCCAGCACUGUCGAUGGGCAGCCACGGACCAUCUUGGCCUAGUAUCACAACCGAGGACGUUGACGUCUGGGAGGACGUGGAUGAGCUACUGGAGCAGCCUCAUCUUGACAAGGACGGCAAACGCACGGCGGUCGAGAGCGGUGUAUCAAGCGCCGCCUCGAGCGCGCCAUCCAGUGCCAUCUCGCAUCAUCGCAAGGGUCGCCGUGUAUUGCGAGCCAAAAGCUGGCCGCUGCUGAAACACCCCGACGACGAACGCCUCGGCCUUCACCUGGAGCACGGCGCGAAGCGGCUUGGGCGGCAGCACGCCAUCGGCUCAUGA